ACUUUAAAGUAUCCUGACGAUGAUAGCCAAACUGACGUUUGGUUAUUACCUUCAGGAAAAUCAGUAAAAGAUAUAAUCCAUGGUCCAGCCAAUCUUCACGAAUCUCAACGUACUUUUAUGGUUGUAAUGCCAGUAAAGUAUUCAAUCCAUCCUCCGCCUUUCACAGCAAACACACCGGCGAAGCACUUUUGGGAUUCUUCAAUGAUCCAUCCAAUAUUACAAUACCUUAUGAAUGCUACUGACAGUAUUUAUUAUGUUCCCGGCGAAAUUCAUUUAAGAUCAAGCGCUAAUCAACAACGCAUAAGACGUAAUUUAAAACCCGAAGAUGAUAUACCAU